CUGUAAUUUUCUCUCCGAGGAAUCUAUCUAUCUCAACAAAACUCUUUCACCAGCGCCCACUCUCUUCACUCAACACAGUCUCCAUGGCUUCCACCGAUCGCCGCCUUAGGAUCAUCGCCGGAGCCGAUUCCUUCGGCAGCGACCUCAAGGACACCCUGGUAGCUCAGCUCCGCGCCUUGAACAUCGACGUCCAAGACCUAGGCACCGACAAGUACUACUCAGUCGGCGAAGAAAUCGGGCGCCGCGUUAGCCAAGCCGCCGCUACCUCCGAUCCAUCAAUCGAGACUCGAGGCCUCGUCGCCUGCGGCACCGGCGUCGGAGUCGCCAUCUUCGCCAACAAAUUCCCCGGCGUCUACGCCGCCACUUGCCUCACCCCCGGCGAGGCCAUCAACGCCCGAUCGAUCAACAAUUGCAACGUCCUCGCCGUUUCCGGCAUGAACACUUCCCCCGAUGUCGCUUCGCAAAUUCUCGAUUCCUUUCUCAAUACUCCCUUCAAAUCUCCCUGCCCCGCCUCCGGCUCAAACCCUUGGCCUUCAGAUCUCGAAUCGUUUUUCGAUAGUUCCCUCCCCGAAAUGUCAAAAAUCGGAACUCCGAAAAACGCGGAGAAAGAAACGCCGAAAAAUGCGGAGAAAGACACGGCGUGUAUGCUAUGCUCGCUGGUUAAGAACCGGGAAUUUACGGGAGUUGAGAUAAUGCCGGGCGGGUCAAUGAGCAUAGUGCGGGAGACGCCGACGUCGGCGUUUGUGAAGUUCAAGGGUGGGAGUGUGGAACCGGGUCAUCACCACACGUUUGGGCAUGAUGUGGUGGUGGUGCAGGGGAGGAAAACAGUGUGGAAUUUGAGCAAAGGGGAGAAAUACGAUUUGGGGGUGGGGGAUUACUUGUUCACGCCGGCGGGGGAUGUUCAUCGGGUGAAGUAUUGGGAGGACACGGAGUUCUUCAUCAAGUGGGAGGGGCAGUGGGAUAUAUUCCUGGACGAGGAUCUUGCCGCAGCCAAUGCUGCUUUGGAUAAGCAGCAGAAGGAGAAUUAGCUGUUCUGUUUUACUCUGAGAUCCUUCAUAUAUUUUAUGCCUCUUAUGUAUGUUUGUAUGUAUGAAACUAUGAAUAAUGUAUUGAACCUUAUGAGAGACAUCCUUUGUGCUUUGUAUAAUACCUUCCUUGAAUUCUCAAUAAAACUACUCAUUCUCCUUA